AUGAAAUAAUUAGAUGCUUUCUAUCAAGAUGAUUCAAAUUAAAUAUAGUAAGAAGAGACAACAGGUGUACUUUAAUAUGAAAAUGAUCAAUUAUUCAAACCUCAUUAAGGAAACAACUGCAUGUUUAGAUUUUAUAAUGGCCAGCCAUGA